GUCUAACAAAUUCUCGGCAAAUUCUUGACUAUUGGAAAAGGUUGGCUUCAAAAUGUUCUUAGGGGUCACCGCAACUGUGACCAACUGGGAUGCCGAGGGCACAAGCUGCAGCCUUGUUUUGGAAGAUAACCCUCUCGUGGAUUUUGUCGAGCUUCCCGACACAUGCCAAGGCCUUUCCUACUGUAACAUCUUAAGCGGAGUUAUUCGCGGGGCGUUAGAAAUGGUCUCAAUGAAGACCGAAAUCACGUGGGUUCGAGAUAUGCUGCAGGGAGACGACGCUUACGAGCUGCGCGUAAAACUUCUGAAGCAAGUCCCCGAGGAGUACCCAUACAAAGAUGAUGAUUAAUAAUUCUGAUGUAAAAUCAGUUGAUUAAUGUAGUAAUAGUUUUCCGUUUGCCGAAAGAUUCAUUUACUUUUAGUGGUGAGUUCUGCCCUUGUUCAUGUGAAAGAAACAAGAGUUCAGAUUUAUUGCUUGGCACUUUUCUGCAUCCUGACGAAUGGAAAAUGUUUGAUGUAUUUCUUUCAACAGUUAAAUGAUCUGGUUCUAGUCA